AUGGCGUACAGCGACGAUCUCGUUAAUUCUAAGCUGUCCACUCUGCAGGAUACUGCCGACAGUGUCCCUCACGUCGGUGCUUGGCUCUAUUUCCAUCGACGCUUCGCCGAAAACAGUGUGCGCCUCAUUCACCAGAGGCUUCCUGACUCCCCACCUGCCAAACGAAUCGCUCUGAUAAGCCUUCUAAACGAGCUUGCUCAACAAUCGAAGGCGCGAGGUAAAAAGGAGUUUGUGGUUGCUAUCUCGCCGAUCAUCGAAGAAGCCACCGUCAUCACAUGGAAAGGAGCGCCGCAUUAUGUUCAGACGAAGUUGAGGAAGACCUUCGACGCCUGGCUCGACCGUAAGGUCUUUGAUAUGCCGGUCAUGGAAGCUAUAAUGGCUCGCAUACCCGAAUUCAAACCCAAGAAGGAAGACGAACAAACUACCCAGAAACAACCUCUCGGUGGCUCUUUAUUCGGGUCCACGCCCUCUGAGCUCCAGUCACUGGUCCCUCUCCAAGUUGCUCUCACGAAAGCUGCCAUGGUCUCCAAUACUUCGACCGACACUGCGUCUACAGAGUACAAAAGAAUGAACGACCCCCAAUCUGAGCAGCCCCCGCUUCCGCGUCAGGCAGCGCAACUUAACCAAUUGUUGAGGACUUUGACCAGCGCCGAAAGCUCCGUCUCAGAGGUAAUUAAGUCACGGCGUGCGCUAAUCGACGGACUCGAGAAGCUCCUUACCACCAACCGCUCCGAGUUGGCCAAGGAAGAGACCGUCUCUUCCGAGCUCGCAGAGAAAAAGGCUCAAACGGAUGCCAAGAAGCGCGAAGUUGAAGAUGCCAUCGUGCGCGGCUUCGACGACACGCAAGACCCCGAUCGACCCACAGUCGAAGCAUUGACUCCCCCUCCAGUUGAGGCCAUCACGCCUGUAGGAUCGCCAAAGGCCAGGCCAUCGCAAGCUUCCCACGGUCCCUUCAUGGACGAGCCGGAAGAGCCUCUCCCCGAGGAAUUCUCUCUGUCCUAUAGUGGCCAGCCUGACGAUGGCUCUGCGUUUCCUGAGCUAGGCAACCUUUCUCCUGGUGGCAGCAAUGACUUCGAUCUCGGUGCAAAUGGGUCAGGCGCAAAGCGGCGCAAGACGACCCAUGGCGAGGAUGAUUAUUCGCAAUUUGCAGGUGGAGAUCUGGAUGAAGAUGUGUCGGCUUUGCUAGCCUCGCAAGGGAAUUAG